AUGGGUUUCAAGCAUCUGUGUCUAACAUUGUGGAAAAGAUCACUGGCACGAGCUGUGAAUUUCCUUCAUAGAUGCUCAACCAACAAGGGGGAACCUACUGGCCUACUGGGAGAUGUCCUGACUCCUGAGAACCAUUUCUCAUCUCUGUUGGGAAAUGAUAAGUUGGCAAAAUAUGUUGGUUAUUUGUACAUAGGAAAGGAACCACUGAACCAGAACCAGGACAAGAUGGUUAACAACAAAGAUUACAGUUGCACUGGAGGAUUAUCCCAAGCAUCAGCAAUGUUAUUUGAUUCCGUGGACGGCAUAUUCAGGUCCUCCGUGUUAGAGCAGGAACAAUAGCAGGCUAUAAGUCAGCUAUAAGUAUUUUUUAUAGAGAUAAGAGAGGAGAGAGAAGAGAGAUAGACUACUAAUUUGUAGUCAGCUAUACACGGGCUCUAACACAAAAUAUGUCUAUGACAUAUGGGACCAUGUAUUGAUGUUUUAUAGGUAACUAUUGUAUGAGUUGGCUAUUAGAUUGACUAUAGAUGAAUUGGAGCUAGUAGAUUGAACUUGCUUUUAAAGAAGGCCCAAAAGGCAGAA